AUGCACAAUAUCGCCUGUCUCGUGGCAGCAUGCUUCAUACUCGUCGGUGCCCAGGCGGUGAAGCUUGGCGUCGGCAUUGUCGGCCAUGUGGCUUCGGCUGAUAAUGACUGGUUGGUGGGAGUCAGCACGCAGGGUGACAUGGAGUGCAGCGUAAAUGAAGAGUGCAUCGUCGGCUCUGGCCAGGGCAGCUGCAAGGUGAUGGUCAACCCUUCGGUGCCAGUCCAGCUGGGCAGCACUGACUCGGGCUACCAUUGCGAAAUUGCGUUCAACGAUUCUCACAAGUACAACAGGGCAACCAGGUUCGACACGCCCAAAUCGGACAUCAUCAUCACUGGACACUCGCAGCCAUCCCAUUGGAACCUGUGCUGGAAUCGCGGCUCCCCAGGCAUCGAUCACCGAGCGUCGCGGGCAACAGGUGUAGAAGAUUAUUGUUACUACGUCAACGGCCUCUGUUACCUGUGGGCUUCACCGUGCUCUGGCGGGUGCUCCUCGCUCAAUGCCUUUUCCACGUACUCGUCGUUCUGUCCUACGUUGCGCUACGCCACCGAGUCGGAAUGGUCAGCUGCUUUGCCUGUUCUGAACAACAAUCGAGCCGCGUUCUACCAGAAAUGCGCAGCUAGCCAGUUGGAUCCACGUUGGAACCACUGCGACUAUUCGAACACCUUCGUGCGGGUGGAGCCCGACGCCCUACCCGACGCCCUACCCGACGCCCUACCCUACGCCAAGCCCGACGGCCAACCCGACGCCCUACCCGACGCCCUACCCUACGCCAAGCCCGACGGCCAACCCGACGCCUUACCCGACGCCAAGCCCAACGGCCAGCCCUACGCCCAGCCCUACGCCCAGUCCUACCCCGACGCCCAGCCCAACGCCCAGUCCGACGGCCUACCCAACGCCCUACCCAACGGCCUACCCGACGGCCAGCCCUACGCCCAGCCCGACGCCAAGCCCGACGCCCAGCCCGACGGCUCACCCGACUCCUACGGCCAGCCCUACGCCCAGCCCGACGGCCAGCCCGACGGCCUACCCAACGCCCUAUCCGACGGCAUACCCGACGCCCAGCCCGACGCCCAGCCCUACGCCCAGCCCAACGGCCAGCCCGACGGCUCACCCGACGCCCAGCCCUACGCCCAGCCCGACGGCCAGCCCGACGCCCGGCCCCACGGCCAACCCGACGGCCAGCCCUACGCCGAGCCCUACGCCGAGCCCGACGUCCAGUCCUACGCCGAGCCCUACGUCCAGCCCGACGCUUCACCCUACGCCCAGUCCUACGCCCAGCCCUACGCCCAGCCCGACGGCCAGCCCGACGUCCAGCCCGACGCUUCACCCUACGCCCAGCCCGACGCCAAGCCCUACGCCCAGCCCGACGCCAAGCCCUACACUUCAGCCUACGCCCCACCCUACGCCCAGCCCGACGGCCAGCCCUACGUCCAGCCCUACGCUUCACCCGACGCCCAGCCCCACGGCCAGUCCCACGCCCAGCCCUACGCCCAGCCCGACGCCGCACCCUACGCCCAGCCCGACGCUUCACCCUACGCCCAGCCCGACGCCCAGCCCCACGCCCAGCCCGACGCCAAGCCCUACACUCCACCCUACACUUCACCCUACGCCCCACCCUACGCCCAGCCCGACGCCCCACUCUACGCCCAGCCCUACGCUCAGCCACACGGCCAGUCCUACGCCCAGCUCUAGUGGCGGAGCCGGCUCGGCGCCCUCCAUGGGCGGAGCCGCCGGCGCGGCGCCCUUUCUCGGCGGAGCGGGCUCGGCGCCCGCCAUGGGCGGAGCCGCUGGAGUGCCGUCGGGAUCCAUCUCUGCCACCGGCGAUCCUCAUUUGCAGAACGUCCACGGUGAGCGGUUUGACCUGAUGAGGCCUGGUAAGUUUGUCUUGAUUCAGAUUCCAAAGGGGGAGCUUGCCGAGGGCGCGCUGCUCCGUGUGCAGGCGGAUGCGCGUCGACUGGGUGGCCAGUGCGCAGAUCUGUACUUCCAGGAGCUGAACGUCACAGGGGCCUGGGCGGAGGCGAAGUAUGCCGGCGGCCUCCGCUUCCAGGCUCGGGGGCAGCUCCACGAGAAGCCGGACUGGAUCAAAUUCGGGAAGGUGCAGAUCCAGCUGUAGCCUACGGGCGCACGAAUGAGGGCAUCCAGUACUUGAACUUUUACGUCAAGCACCUUGGACAUGCCGGGUUUCCAGUCGGAGGGUUGCUCGGCGAAGAUGAUCACCAGGUCGCAGCGAAGCCUUCACCAGGGUGUGUUCACCACACCUCCCUUCUCCAAGUAGGGGCUCUGAGUGAGCAGAAUGGGUCCGUGUUCUCAGUGGCAGAGGCAAGCUUUGCAUGACGAGUUUCUACUCCAUGUCUUUCAUUUUUCAUUCAUUCCGAGCUCCAUGUAAUCGCAGGGUGUCGGAGCCUUGAAUGUCAGCGAGGCUCGGCUCUGGCCAUUGCGGUUUGAGACAAAAGCUGCUCGGAUCCGUGAGCGACUCCGAUGGGAGGCUUGCAGUUAUAAGACUGGCGGGUGUAAGCGAGUAUCAUGAGUGCGAGGAUC